AUAGACUGACCAGCCCAGGCCGAGCUCAACGCUCCCCAAGACGUCAUCACCUGCCACCGCAAAUCCGUCUCGGCCGUUGCACGUCUCGCCCGCUUCCUGACGUCCGUCCACGACACCCACGAUGCCGUCGACGACUGCAUCCCCAUGGACGAGGCCGCCUUCGCCACCGUCUCGUCCAUCUUCACCGUCGGCGGCCUCAUCGGCGCCCUGGCCGCAGGUCCCUUCUCCUCCCGCCGUGGCCGCCUGCUCGCCAUGCGUGUGACGGCCCUCCUCUUCAUCGCCGGUUCCGUCAUCGAGUCCGUCGCCAACAGCGUCCCCGUCAUGGCCCUGGGCCGCUUCCUGUCCGGCAUUGGGGCUGGCGCGGCCACUGUCAUCGUGCCGCUUUACAUCAGCGAGGUCUGCCCGCCCGAUCGCAGGGGCUUCUUUGGCUUCAUGACGCAGAUAUCCAUCAACGUCGGCAUCCUCAUCACCCAGACACUGGGCUUCUUCCUCAGCUACGGAAGUGCCUGGCGGUGGAACCUGGGCAUCGGGGCCUUCAUCGCUGCGGCGCAGGCCCUUGGGCUGCUGAUUGUCCCCGAAAGCCCAGCCUGGCUCGCUGCGCACGAUGACGUGGCUGGAGCAAACAAGACGCUGCAGAGGAUUCGCGGUCACGCUGUUGACACAAGUGAGGAAGGCGAAGGCUGGGGCCGAGAUGCUUCAGGUGCCGGCGAGGAAGAGCAAGGCCUUCUCGCCCAGCACGCAGACGAAGAUGCAGACAACGUACCUCCGCCCAACGCCACGUCGGCAAAGAACGAGCCCGUUCACCUCGGCUUCCUCCAGGUCGUCCGCGAUCCCAACACACGGCCCGUCAUCAUCGCGCUGGUCGGUAUCAUGUUCGUGCAGCAGCUGUGCGGCAUCAACUCCGUCAUCAUGUACUCCGUCUCCCUACUCGCCGACCUGCUGCCCAUCUCCUCUGCGCUGCUCAGCAUCCUGGUCUCGCUGGUUAACCUGGUCACGACCGUCGCCUGCUCCCCGUUGCCUGACAGGCUUGGACGCAAGGCAUGUCUCAUAAUGUCCAUCGUAGGCCAGGGCAGCAGCGCUCUUGUGCUGGCCCUGUCCAUCGUCUUUGGCUUCAAGAUUGUAUCAGCAUUCGCCGUGCUCUUUUUCGUCGGCUUCUUCGCUGUGGGCCUGGGUCCUGUGCCCUUCAUCCUUGCGUCCGAGCUGGUCGGCCAGGAGGCCGUUGGCGCAACCCAGAGCUGGUGCUUGGGAGCAAACUACAUCGCGACCUUUUUGGUGGCGCAGUUCUUCCCUAUCGUCAACAAGGCCCUCAACUCUUGGCUGGGCGGCCAGGGCUGGGUGUACUUUAUCUUUGCUGGCCUGGCCGCCAUUUCAUUUGUUUUCGUGACUUGGUCGUUUAGAUCUCUGCGUUUUCAUGGUGCUACCGGUAACUGAAGUGACUUGAGCGUGAACGUAAUUAUCUGGAUGAUAGUACUCUGGCGUUUGUAUUUGGGACUGGUGGAAAGACACAUGCUACGCCUCAUAGUCUGAACAUCAUUCAAUAACAGGAUUGUUGUUUCUUUUC